AAAAACAAAAGUAAAAAAUAGGCAAACCAGUUCUGUUCUGUACCGUAGGGAUCCGUUUUAAAGUCUUCUGCUAACAUUAUUACUGUGUUUAGAUCUGUGUAAAUCUCAUCUUAUAUUCACUCUAUCCCUCAUCAAAACUUUAUUUUUCCAUGUGGGUUUCACUGCAUGGCUCUGCCCAAUCCCUCUAUCCCUUCCAUCUUCGCACUUCUCCUCCUCUUUUCAUCCUAUGAAACAGUCUCGAGUACUGAACAAUGAGUUCUGUAAUGAAACUUACAGAGGGUUGAGUUGAGUUCUUGGUGUGGUUGGAGUUGUAGAAUCAAGUUUAGAUUUUGAUAUUGGAAAGUGAAGAAAUUUAAAGAAAAGAUGAUAUCUUCAGGGAUGAAUUUGGUUAUGACAGUGAUAGGGUUCGCUGUUAGUAUUAUGUUUAUAGUGUUUGUUUGUACACGCCUUGUCUGUGCUCGGAUUCAGUUGAAUGCAUCUAGGAGAUCUUUUCCCAUUGCCUCUCGAUCUGAUUUCGGCUUGCUGGAAAGAGGAUUUCAUGGUCUUGAGCCUGUAACUAUAGCCAACUUUCCAACAAAGAAGUACAGUGAUCAGUUUUUUGCAGCUGUAGAAGAUGCUCAAUGUGCAGUUUGCCUCUCAGAAUACCAUUGUGAAGACACAUUGCGAAUUCUUCCCUACUGUGGUCACUCCUUCCAUGUAACUUGCAUAGACAUAUGGCUACAACAACAUUACACAUGUCCAGUUUGUCGAAUAUCACUGCGUGAAUGUUCUGACAGAAAGCGCUUGCUGCAGCCCAUGUUUAGUUCAGCUGUUCGGUUUCAUUAUGGCCAUGCUUCCGAUAGGCAUUCAUAUAACUUCUUGCUGACUGGACGUGGGUUUUCUUCAAGAAACCUUGGCAACCACAGAAUGGACCCUGUUCAAGAGGACCCAUUUUCAUCUGAAGAUGAUCGGACAGAAGCUGGCAAUAACAUUUCCACUACAACCGAGGCCCAUCAGACUACAAAAGACUCCGUAAACAAACAAGUUGAAAGUCCAUCAAACCCUUGAAUUUCCAUGGCAAUACUUGAGCCUAAGCUACAAUCAAUGAGACUUUUGCUUGAAUCUGAAAAAGGGUGUGUUCAGCCAUCCCUAUCAAACCAACAUCAGAUUCCAGAGGAAAAAUUAAAUUCCGUUCUGGGAUUUUGUAAAUAUUGCAGAGAGUGAUUUUUUUUUUCCCAUCCUUUUACUUUUCAAUGGUAGCUGUUUUCUUGUAGUUUUGUUUCUAAUUUGUCUUCACCAAAUACUUGGAUUCUCCACAUGAAGCACUCUUUAUGCUGGUGGGCCUUAUAACUGUGAUAUUCAUAUCUAGUAUCCUGA